GUAUUGAUCGGAUAUAUGUGGAGGAGAAUGGUUUAUUGAUUCUUCCAAGCAUAUGGCAAUUGAUGAAUAGUCGUGCAUUCAACAAGUUCUACAUUGGUUACAAGUUGUAAUUUAUGAGCUAGUUUGAUGGAAAGAUUCUCGUCACGAAGAAAUGCCAGGCUAUAUUUAUACAUCUGAAAGAAAUGUAGGGAAACAAAAAGACCCAUAAAGGAUUAUAACAAAAAGAGAAGACAGCUAUCAUCUCUUCUCUACUUUAUUCCUUCGUGUUCCUUGCGUUAACGUUUAUUGCAAAUGGCCCUUAUUUUCUUUCAUUCUCAUUGCUUUCUUUUAUUGAUUCCUUGUGUUCCAAUGCUAAAGGAAUUUGUAGCAUGUCAUUUUUUCUUGCAUUUCAAGCUUUGUUCCUUGCAAAUUCCUAAUAAAUGGACUUGAACCAAGUUUUAUCAGAACAGUGCACUGGAGCACAGCAUCCCUUGCCAUUCAGCCAAGUGUUAUAGCUGGCUUUGAUGCCUUGGUAAUCCCAGGCAUAAAGCUCAGAGGCUUGCCCCACCAAACUAAAUACCAAACCUAGCAUUCCAAGCAACCCCAAGAACAAAGAAAGAAGCUUUUUUUUGUCAUUAAAGAUCUAAAGAAACAUCUAUAAUAACCCAUCCUAUACGAACACUGGCCAAAGCCCGAAAUAAACAGUCCGUCUACCAAAGCGAUCCAGAACCGGUCCCCAACUCGCUAUGGAUAGCUUCCAUAGAGUCGGUCAUCGGACAGCAGCUUCUAGUGUUACUGUUCUAGCACAGCUGUUCGGUAUAACUGCACUCAUCCUCUUGCUCAUUUGGUUGCUGCAUUUUCGUGAGGGCCUCAACCUGGAUUCUGAAAACCCAUAUCAGAUUUUCAAUGUUCACCCCUUUCUUAUGUAUUUCGGAUUUAUUUUCUUCGGGGCUCAAGCUAUGAUGGCCUUCAAGACGGUGGCAGCUGAAAGGGAUAUUAAGAAGUUUUCUCAUAUGUUUCUGCACGUUAUAGCUAUAACUCUGGGGAUCGUUGGGAUAUAUUCUGUCUUCAAGUUUCAUGACAAGCAAAAUAUAAAGAAUAUGUAUAGCUUGCAUUCUUGGAUUGGCAUGGGCACUUUCUGCCUGUAUGGUUUGCAGUGGCUGUUUGGGUUCACUCUGUUCAUGUUCCCAAAAGCUACAGAAGGGACGAGAAGAAGGGCGAUGCCAUGGCACAUAAGCUAUGGAAGAGCACUGCUGUACAUGUCAGUGUGCGCAGCUCUGACAGGAUUGAUGGAGAAAGUAGGGUUUUUGAAGCUACAGGACAACAAUGAAUCUCGUCUCAUCAACUUCACCGGACUUGCUAUCCUCCUCUUUGGCAUUACAGUUGAUCUCUCCAUUACUCUUGCUCGCUAUCUAUAUUAAUUAAUUUGUUCUAUAUAUAUGUUUGAUUAUUCAUUUCAUAAACCAGUCUUCCACGAGUCUUUUUUCUUUUUUGUUUAUUGUUUAUUUGUUUUGUGGUUUGAAGGAAUUGUUGUGUAUUUUUUUUUUUGGGUGGGUGGGUAAUCUGUAUGUUUUGGUUUAAUUCAUCACUGUAUGUUAAUAAAAUUGAACUAUAAUUGGGCCUCCAAAUGAAUGGGCAUUUGAAACUCUUA